CUUGUGCUCAGCCCGUCCCAUCGGUAUCCCCAACGUAACUCAUAGUGAUAUGGUGUGAAAUGGUAGGUAGAAUUGCAACUUAGCAAACACGAGAAAUUUAAUUAAUAAGACGACAAGUCCAAUAUGGCUUCGCUCAGCCAAGGUAAAACAACAACCCCGCAACAGCAGAGGCAUAAGCUCUCCGGCCCGGAAGAUUACUCUCGAUGGAACACCGAAUUGAUCGAGGCUCUCCGCACAAGGUAUCUGCUUCAUUAUGUUACCACAAGCGUUCCAGCGCCCACCGAUGAUAGCUGUUUGUCGGAGUACUUGCAAUGGCGGAAGAACCGCCUGACCGUCUUGCUCAUGAUGAAGCGUUCUUUAUCGGCUGAUAUGAAAAGCAAGUUGUCUCAUGCCGGGUGGGAUUUCGAACACAGCCGAGACCCCAAGGAGAUGUACGAUUUAAUUCGCAAAAUCACCCAGAAUGGACAGGACACCCAAAGCGAUGCUAUUUCUAAUCCUUCAUCACCUCUGGAGUCGAAUGCCGUAGUAGAAGAACUAGCGAAGGAAAUUGAAGUGAUAGAGAACGACGAUGGACAGGAAGACUGGACUGAGGUGGAAGUGCCGUCUAAAGAGCUACCUCCGGAGUCGAUUCAGGAUCGCAUCGUGCGUGUAUGGAACGAUUGGAGGGACUUGACAGCAUACUACGACAUCGAAGGCUCCGUGUCGCGGAACACGCGGCUGGAGGAAUUCUACCGAGAUGAACUCGCGGAUCUCGAGAGACAGCCCUUCGAGUCUUAUUCAUCACAGGACGAUAGAGUCGAUUACCUGCUGCUCCGGAACUAUAUACGGCGUGCGCAACGCACGCUUGAACUCGAUAAAGAACGGGAUGCGAAAUUCCAAGCUUUUGUCGAACCCUUCGCUACACCUAUCACGGCCUGGUGCGAGAAACGCCGCCGCGUCGACCCCAUCGACCCCAAGGCCCUUGCCGACAGCCUCACUGCAACAGAAAAACUCGUUCUCCAGGCGCGCGAUCACGUCAAUCACAACGCCAGCAGGUAUUCGAGAGCUACCGGACACCGCGCGGCGCGGCGCGUUUCGAGUCUCCGCAAGACGCUCGGGGAGACGUACGCCUUCUACAAGGACUUCGACCCCCUGUUCGACUGGUGGGUAGCAGAGCCAUACAAGCGCCUCGACGCGGCGCUGGGCGGCAUCGCGAGCCUCCUCCGCGAGGUCCUGGUAGGCGUGAAGCCCGGCGACGACGACGCGAUCGUCGGCGAACCGAUCGGGCGCGACGGCCUGCGGAGCGAUCUCGAAGCGGAGAUGAUCCCGUACGCGCCGGAGGAGCUCCUUCGCAUCGCGGAGCGGGAGUACGCGUGGUGCGAGGCGGAAAUGGCGCGGGCGUCGCAGGGCCUGGGCUUCGGGCGUGACUGGCGCGCCGCGCUCGAGCACGUGAAGGACCUGUACGAGGCGCCGGGGGCGUACCCGGGCUUCAUCCGGGCGCUCGUGGACGAGGGCGCGGCGUACGUCAAGAAACACGAGCUGGUGACGGUGCCGCGCGUGGCCGAGGAGGCCAUCCGGAUGACGAUGAUCGAGGCGCGGCGGCAGAAGGUGUCGCCGUUCUUCCUCGGCGGGCCGACCAUGCAGAUGUCGUACCCGACGCGGGACAUGCCCCACGAGGCCAAGCUGAUGUCGCUGCGCGGGAACAACCGGCACUUCGGGCGCGCGACGGCCUUCCACGAGAUGAUACCGGGCCACCACCUGCAGAUUUUCAUGGGAGAGCGGCAUCGCCACUACCGCCGGGCGCUUUUCGACACGCCGUUUUUCGUCGAGGGUUGGGCGCUCUACUGGGAGAUGGUGCUCUGGGAGCGAGGCGACUUCUUCGUGAGCGCCGAAGACAAAGUCGGGUCUCUGUUCUGGCGCAUGCACCGAUGCGCGCGGAUCCUGUUCUCCGUACGCUUCCACCUGGGCCAGUUGGAUGCGCGACAAUGUGUAGAUCUACUAGUUGAUAAGGUAGGCCACGAACGCGCGACGGCCGAAGGCGAGGUUCGACGAAGUCUAGGGGGCGAAUAUUCACCUCUGUACCAAGCCGGUUAUAUGCUUGGCGCAUUGCAACUGAUGCGCUUGCGAAAGGAGGCUUUAGGAGAUGGACACGGGAAGAUGUGCGAGAAGGAGUUUCACGACCGGAUUCUACGCGCUAACGUCAUGCCCAUUGAGAUGCUGAGGGCGUUGAUUCUAGAUAAGGAGCUUAGGAAGGACUUCAAGUCCGAGUGGAGGUUUUACGACGGAGUAUAACUGUAGCCUUUCAACAAGGACGCACGCUAGCGUGUCUGAUAUUCAUUUUCAGGGUUGGGUAAUAAGAUGCGACUGAUAUGGGAUAUGAAUUACAUGUACUUAAUGUAAACCAAUUAUUAGUAUACAUUGCUCGGUGAUUGUGCUUGCUAUCAUCCGUUGAACUGGUAUUUCCAACUACUCGUUGCAUUGAGUCUGCUGUUCAAAGUGACUCUCUUUGUUUAUACCAUCUUUCGCAUAUUGGAACAUCAAAAUAAG